AUGAUCUGGGCUCCGAAUUGCAGCUUCGGCAUCUUUGCUCUCCCUGCCACAGUGUGUGCUGCCAUUGAGAACAUCAAUCCUCUCCACCUCUUAGCCUUAGCAUCUGUCCUCAUAGCCUGCAUCAGCCACACCGUGCUUCGCUACAUACGCCUGAAGCGGCAGCGUGCGGUGUUCAAGCAGCAGCAUGGAUGCAAACCAGCAGCUUCGACAUUUCCCAACCGCGAUCCUUUCGGCCUGACCUUCACCUAUAACUUUCUCGUCGCCGCCAAACAGGCUCGAGCCAUGGAGUGGCAGCACAACUGGUUUCAGCAACUAGGCCCUACCUUUGUCAAUCAGACAUGGCGGGGAGUGACCGCUGUAUGGACAAAUGACCCUGUCAAUGUGAGGCUUCUGCUCACCGACAUCGAUCGAUUCUUGAUUGAGCCUUCUCGACAUGGACCCUUCAAACAUCUCCUCGGCAAGGGCAUCUUCACAACAGACGGGGCUUUUUGGAAACAUUCUCGCAACUUAUUGAGGCCACAGUUCGAGACCAAUCAAUUCAAGGACUUCGGUCAAUUCGAGCAUCUCGUGCAGAAGCUGCUGGUCCAUUUACAAGACGAAGGGUCGACAGUCGAUCUACAACCGCUCUUCAAUCGCUUUACCAUGGUUAGUACAACGAUGCCUGGACGGCACCACAUAAUGUCCUAGACACUUGCUCAUCCCCUAUCUCUCUGCAGGACGCGUCGACAUGGUUUCUGACGGGUACAUGCGCCAAUUCACUGGACACCGACGGUCAAGCAGAGCGCGCGAGACGCUUCGUCCGAGAAUUCGACUACAGCAUGGACGAUGCUAUCCUCCAAGCACGACUCGGAUGGAUGUACCAUCUAGUGCCACACCCCGAAGCUAGGCGAGCUAAUCGAGCGUGCAGGGAUUACAUCGGCAGUUUUGUAGCAACGGCUGUGGAAAAUAGGUCUAAAGAGAGCAAAGCUCCAAGCCACCUGCCCAGAUAUACGUUCGUCACGGAAUUGGCCAACCACACCGAGCUCGAUGAGGUUCGCAUUCGCGAUGAGGCGUGCAAUAUUCUGCUCGCCGGGAGAGACACGACUGCUUCGCUGCUCACUCAUAUGUGGUUCCAUCUUGCGAGGCGUCCACUCGUGUGGAAAACUCUGCAAGCGGAGGUCGACGAGCUAGAUGGUCGAAUUCCGACACAUAAAGAGCUACAGGGCAUGAAGUACCUUGACUAUUGCGCGAAAGAAGGUAUGCAGCCUCAUAUGAAGUUUGCGGUCUGAAGACUGACCCAGUCGACAGCGCUCCGCCUACACCCAGCCGUUCCGAUACUGUCCAAGUACCCUGCCAGUGACACGUACUUGCCUCGCGGCGGGGGCCCCGACGGCCGAGAGCCCUUGUUCGUUCCCAAGGCGAUUCCGGUCUUUUACAACAGCUACUCCAUGCAACGGAGCAAACAAGUCUUCGGCGAAGACGCAGACGUUUUUCGGCCUGAGAGAUGGGCAGACGAGAGCUUCAAGCCGGGUGACAGCUACAUCCCAUUCGGAUUGGGACCACGCUUGUGUCUGGGACAGCGAUACGCACUGAGCGAAGCUUCCUACGCUACUGUCCGUAUGAUGCAGAACUUUCGCAGGAUCGAAAGCCGUGAUCCUGGACCGUGGCAGGAGAAGCUGAAUGCGUCCAUGAGCUCCAGAAAUGGUGCAAAGGUUGCACUGUGGAAGGAUUGA